GUUGGAAAGCUUAUCCAAGAAGCAGCUGGAAGAAGCAACUUGAAGCGAGUAACUCUGGAACUUGGAGGGAAAAGUCCCAAUAUUAUUUUUGCUGAUGCUGAUUUGGAUUACGCUGUGGAACAGGCCCACCAGGGAGUGUUCUUCAACCAAGGCCAGUGCUGCACCGCCGGCUCCCGCAUCUUUGUGGAGGAGUCCAUCUAUGAGGAGUUCGUGAGGAGAAGUGUGGAGCGGGCCAAGAGGCGCAUCGUGGGCAGUCCCUUUGAUCCCACCACUGAGCAGGGACCCCAGAUUGAUAAGAAACAGUACAACAAGAUCCUGGAACUCAUCCAGAGCGGCGUGGCCGAGGGUGCCAAGCUGGAAUGUGGAGGCAAAGGGCUGGGCCGAAAGGGGUUUUUCAUCGAGCCCACCGUGUUUUCCAACGUCACCGACGACAUGCGCAUUGCCAAGGAGGAGAUCUUUGGCCCUGUCCAGGAAAUUCUGAGGUUUAAGACUAUGGAUGAAGUUAUUGAAAGAGCCAAUAACUCAGACUUUGGACUUGUAGCAGCCGUCUUCACUAAUGACAUCAACAAGGCCCUCACGGUAUCUUCUGCAAUGCAAGCUGGGACCGUCUGGAUCAAUUGUUACAAUGCCUUAAAUGCCCAGAGCCCCUUCGGGGGAUUCAAGAUGUCUGGAAAUGGGAGAGAAAUGUAAGUGUCCAAAGUUGCUGGUGCCCGCAGAGAAACAGGGAUUGCAAAUAUCAGCCUGGAGGAUUAUGCCCACACUUGUUUAAUUCUCUGUCUGUCCAGGCAUUAAACAAAUACUUUGUUGAGCACU